UUGUCAUAUUUAUUUCAAACUUGUCCAAACCUCUCCAAUCUCUCUACUCCUCAAAACAAUAAAACAAUAUAUGUCAGUUAUGGAGUAAUAGUCUUACCCUGUAUGGGAACCUCAAUGUCAGACACUGCAGUGACUUUUAGGAAUCACACGUUAAUUAGCAGAUUAGGGGGACAUUUUUUCAUGUCUUUGGUAAUUGUAAACUAAACACUACAUCGGACAGCGGUUGUAUUGGUAGUGAUGACAACACAGUGGCUUGAUAUUGGUAGGGACGUGUCCCUAGCAUCCCUACACAUUUCUACGUCCCUGCUUCUACCCUCUAAUUAAUAUGUUAAACUUUCCUUAAACUUCUAUUACUAGAAAUAUCUGCCUUUCCUUCUGUACGAUUUUCUGAGUCCAUGGAAGAUUGUCACAGUGGAUUUUUCCACACGAAUGCCAGGCCCGAACGUUUCCAGAAGAACUGUAUUGUCACAACAUGGUCAGUGUUAUUCAUUCUCCGAUCAGAUAUUUUAAUGCUGCGGCUGAUCGGUGUAUGAUGCGGCUUUAAUAUAGAAUUCUUCUGUCUUUGUGCCAACAGUAUAAGGAAUGGCUGAGUGAGAGACAUUCUUGUGAAAGACAAAUAAUAUGCUGUGCUGCAAAGAAAUACUGUCUUGGUUGCUUUUAACUCUCUAAGAACUGUUCCAGCACUAAAAUUGUACAAAUGUGCUAGGAACAGUAAGUGGAUCUGUCCAUGGUUCUGAAACCCAGUCUAGAUCAUGCAGGAUUUCGGGCUGCUUUCGGUUUUCAUUUAAUGUAUAGGCUAUUCGGUUUCUUCCGACUGAGAAAGACAUCAGUUGGUCCUCCUUCUGUGGUUUAAAUGAAAAUCUUUAAUGUGUGUGUCAGACUUUAGACAGUACGAAAACAGCCGAGAGACCGAAGGGGUGGGGGAUGAUGUCAUAGUUUUUAGUCUAUGCCAUGGAAGAAGCAGAUGGCUGCAGCAAUCCCUCUUUCCCUUGUUCUUGAUCACAUCUCCUUCCCCCAAACCAACCACAGCAUCAAGACUACUCCUGGGCAACGAGGGACAAGCCACAGAAAACGGGCAGGCUCGAGGAAACAAAGCCGAAAGCGGUCCGUGAUGCGGAAGGAUCGUCUACCGAAGAUUGUACCAAUAAAAACGUGAUAUGGACCAUCUUGUAAGAAGAAGCAAGGGGUUGCUUUCCGUCUUCAUUUUUGCCUUUAUUCUGUAUUAUGAAUAGGCGGCAGUGUGAAGAAGCUAGUGCUGAUCAGAAAGAAGGAGGUGUAGAAGAGACAAGCACAAGGGUGUCGACGGAGAGUCCGGAGUGGAGGAAAGGGGAGGGGAGGGGAGAAGGCAACAUAACUGAGUGAUAUUUCAAGAUUCUAAUUACAUAAUGGCGGCUAAAUCGGACGGGGUCCUGAAGAUGAAGAAGAGCGACGUGGCCUUCACCCCCCUGCAGAACUCGGAGCACUCCGGCUCUGCGCAGGGGCUCCACCCAGGAGGCCAGCCCGACUGUAUGGGCACUGGGGACGGGGACUUCGCCAACGGAGAGUCGCGGUGCUGCGGCGGUGGAGGCUCCAACUCGACGUGCCUUCAUCUGGGCAUGGGGCAGCAGAAAUACACGGUAUGGGACUGUUUGUGGAUUGUAGCAGCAGUUGCUGUGUAUCUGGCCGAUGUGGGCACAGACGUGUGGCUGUCCGUGGAUUACUACCUCCAUCGCGACUACUGGUGGUUCGGCUUGACGCUUUUCUUCGUGGUGCUGGGCUCGUUCUCGGUACAGCUGUUUAGCUUCAGGUGGUUUGUCCAUGACUUCAGUACUGAGGACGGCGCCGAUUCUGAUUGCUCUCACAUGGAUGGGAAUAAACUGCUAAGCGGCUCAGCGUCACACGGCGAUGUUACUGCUCAACACCACCCGGCCACGCCGCAGAGACAGGCGUCGACGGCCAGCAGGAACACCACAACCAACAGCGCUGCGAGUACAGUGAUGGGGAGCAGGAGCAAGAAGCGACCGGCCUACUACUCCUUCUGUGUCUGGUUCAGCCAGUCCGUCAUCCACAUCCUCCAGCUGGGCCAGAUAUGGAGGUAUUUCCAUACCAUUUACCUAGGAGUUCAGAGUCGUCAAAGUGCCGAGACAGAGCGUUGGCGUUACCACUGGAGGAUGGUCUAUGAGUUUGCAGAUGUGAGCAUGUUGCAUCUACUGGCCACAUUUCUAGAAAGCGCUCCACAGUUGGUACUGCAACUGUGCAUCAUCAUACAGACACACAAGCUCCAGGCUGUACAAGGUAUGACAGCUGCAGCCUCCCUAGUAUCGCUGGCCUGGGCCCUGGCCUCCUAUCAGAAGGCCUUGCGAGAAUCCCGAGAUGACAAGAAGCCCAUCAGCUACCUGGCAGUCAUCAUCCAGUUCUGCUGGCACUUUUUCACUAUAGCAGCCAGAGUCAUCACCUUUGCACUAUUUGCCUCUGUGUUCCAACUCUACUUUGGCAUCUUCAUUGUCCUACACUGGUGCAUCAUGACCUUCUGGAUUGUCCACUGUGAGACCGAUUUCUGCAUCACUAAAUGGGAGGAGAUUGUGUUUGAUAUGGUUGUAGGUAUAAUCUACAUAUUUUCAUGGUUCAACGUCAAGGAAGGACGGACAAGGUGUCGCCUUUUUAUCUAUUACCUGGUUAUCCUGGUGGAGAAUUCUGCUCUCAGUGCGUUGUGGUAUCUCUACCGAUCACCCCACGCCACUGAUGCCUUUGCAGUGCCAGCACUCUGUGUUAUUUUCAGCAGUUUCCUCACUGGUGUGGUUUUCAUGCUCAUGUACUACGCCUUUUUCCAUCCCAAUGGGCCCCGCUUUGGCCACUCACCAAGCAGUCAAGGCCUUGACCUGGACCCCACUGCACAGUUUUCCACACUGCCAUCUGAAGGUGCCACCAACUCACUGCGCUCCAACCGAGGAGCCACCACAACCCUCGAACGUGACAUGGGAAAGUAUUCUGAGCGUGACAGCUGCAUGCCUGUAUUUCAGGUCCGCCCUACAGUGCCAUCCACUCCAUCGUCUCGUGCUCCGCGCUUAGAAGAGACCGUUAUCAAAAUCGACCUUUGUAGGAAUCGUUACCCAGCCUGGGAGCGCCACGUUCUUGACCGCAGCAUACGCAAAGCAAUCUUGGCCAUAGACUGCUCCCUUACUCCUCCACGGUUACAAUACAAAGAUGAUGCUCUGGUGCAGGAGCGGUUGGAAUAUGAGACCACACUAUAAGUCCAUCUUGCUAUCCAUCCAGGAGUGUUUCACUGAGGGUUGCCUUGCUAUGACGUACAUAGCAACAGGGACUGUGUCAAAAUGAAUUUGUUAAUACCAAUAAUCUUUCUAUAAAUGUCUCAUUCACCCUUUUUUGUUUUCCUAUUCCACAGCAUUAGUGGCUAAUCCAAGCAAAUUUGGGGCUUUCCGUAGUGACUGGAUGAGCUGUUUGGCAAGUUCAGUCACCGAAUGUGUUUGGGUUGUUUGUAAGGUUGCCAGUGUUAUUACAAGAUGCUGUGUUUAGUAAAAUAUUCAGCAUUUAGUUAAAGUAAAGAAGUAAAAAAAAAAAAAAAAAAAAAAAAAAAAGGUGAAAACAGUGUAAAGUGAGAGAAUGAUUACUAUUUGGAUAAGUUUUAUGCCAUCAGAUAUUUACUAAAACAUAAAUGACACCCAAAUCCCAUGAUGUGUUACCAUAGGAUACGAUGGAAUGUUGAUAAAACUUCAUCAAUAUUUACAUGAAAACUGUAAUUUCUUUCUUUCUUUCCAUUUGCAUUGUGCCAAAAAGUUUCCUCGGAAACAUCAUCUAGCCACUGAGGAACAAGAGAGUUGGCUGGGCUUUUCUCUGACUGAGACCUUAAUUUCUUUUGGACAACUGUAAUCUUUACUGAAACAAGGUCAGGCUGCAAAAGAACUACAAGAACACACUGGUCACUGAUGGGGUUUGCUUGGAUAAAAUGAAACGAACUCAUUGGGUGGAGUAAAAGGAACCGAGAUAGACAGGAUGGAAGUUGAGCAGACACAAUGUUAAAGACACAGAAUGCCAAAAGAAAAAUCUACUUGACAGCUUCAACUCAAUUACUUGCAAUCCAGUCUCAUAUACCUGGCUAUGUAGUGAUGUCAGUGAAAGGGAAUAUAUAGAUAGCAAAAGAAAUGAACAAAGCAGUAGGUUGCAAUGAAUAAGAGGACAGGAGUAGAUGACUUGGAGUCUGAAAUAAGUUGAGGAUGGAACAGAAAAGCACAGACAAGCAGCCAUUUUAAACUAACAAAUUCAACCACCAGGAAACAGUACUGUGAUACAACUUGGUACUAAACUGUGUACUGGUACUGAAAUCAUUGUAAUUCCGUGUUAUUUCCAAUUGUGUGUGCGUGUGUGUGUGUGCGUGUGCUUGUGUGUGUCAGGAGGGUCAUUACUAUGAAGUGGGGUUGCCUGCCCUGGUCUCAGUGGAACUUCUACUCUUUUCUCUUUUACUACUCAUGUAUUCCACUGUCAGUAUUCACUGAUCACAGUUAUCCAUUCCUACCUAAUAUACCUUCCUACAUAAAUCUCCAACUUGUUCAUAUCAUCUAUUUGUACAACCAAAUCACUGGUUAAAGUAACUAAUUGGCUCUGACUAAAGAUUAUCUAGGCAAUACUGCAUUCAGCUGGUAGUAGAUGUUACCUAGCUAUAUUUAUCCAUUAAGCUAAAUUAAGUCAAUGAGUUAGUCAAGCACUCCUUAACGACAUAAAUGCUUGACUGACUUGUAACUUUCUACUUCUACUACACCUGGCAAAGCAGAAAUAAUUCAUCUAGUGAAGGGAUCUCCCAACCAGUACUGGGGCCGAUCAAUGCAUGUUGUACUGUACUCAGUCUGAUGCUUUAAUCAGACUGUGUACAUAGCCAAGCAUAAUAUUUUGUAUUUGUUUUAUGGCUGCCAUUAAUUAAACCAAACAUAACAGAAUAUAGUCAUUCAACAAGUGUGGAAGUUCUGCACUUUAGAGAACAAAGAAGAAAUGUCAGUUCUCUUGUUUUGUAGGGCUAUUCAAAGCAGAAUUAUACUUUAGUAUUUGUUGUCAGAGUUUGAAUGUGAAGUUAAGUUGUACAAUGCAGAGCAUUUUAGAUCUUGGUGAUGGAUUUGACUGUAUUGUUUACAAUAUUUUACAACAGAACUUGCAUUUAAUUGGUUUAACUCAUAUCUAGAAGACAGACUCCAAUUUGGUGAUGUCAGCGAUGGUCCUUCCACUCAUACAAAAGAUAAUUAGUUAGUCAGAACAGGACUGAUGGAACCGAUAGACUACUUUCACAUUAUACAUGCUUGUCUUAUGCCAUGUUUUUAGGAAACACUGCAUGCAUUUCAUUGCAAUGCAGAUGGUACCCUAUGAAUUAUUUCUUUUUUAUUUUACCCAAUUAUUUCUACAACCAACUCAUUUGUAAUAUAACUACAACUGACAUGGUUUUACUUCUCUAGAGGGUCGUGGGUGGUGGCCAGCUAUAGCCUAUUCCAGCAGGUCAGAACAGGUUGCCAGUCUACUACAGAGUUUUACAUUCUUGUGCUCUUGUUUAUUCUUCUAAAAUGUAUAAGCAUACUGUAGAUCGACUGUGCUUUUCUACAAUGAAUGGUUUGAAUGCUAGUCUAUCCAGUGUUUUUUUUCUAUCUUUAUUUUUCAAUUUUCAUAGGACAUAAAACUAGUUCAAAGCUAAAACCAAAAACACACAAACUACUAAUCUCACCCACGGGCUGCAUUGGGAUUUUCAAAUCAAAUCUCGUGGGAGCGGGCGGUAUAAACUUUACAAUGGGUGGGAGUGGGCGGCUAAAAAAAACAAAAAACACUGCAUUGUGGGAGUGGUCGGGAGUGUAACACACGUUGCAGGUGCGGGCGGUAAUGGUCAGAAAUUCAGCGGGAGCAGGCAGCAGCGAGAUGAAGAAAACAGUUCGGUGCAGGGCUCUACCAUCCACCCAGGGGCACACCGUCAAGUCUAUUAUCAAGGAAAAAAAUAAAGUAAAUUAAAGUCUGAUAAUGAUUGUCAAAGUCAAUAGUCAAGGGUCACUGUAAAAAUGCAUAUUAAAAAAAGAAGGAAUAAUAAGGAGGGCUACUGGAAGGAAAGGCCUUCAAUAAAACUUACAAAAGGGCUUUAAAUUAUAGUUAUUUUUAUCUAUUCUGUAUCUAAGCUUCUCCAACGGUAGCAAUGAAAGUACUUCCUUCAACCACUGUAAAAAAGAUGGUGCUUUGUCUGACAUCCAGUUGAAGAGGAUAAUCAGAGAUGCAUAUGCUCCUGCAUUUUUAUUAAAUUUAUUUAGUUUACAGUUGGAGGGGAGUGGUAUACCAAAGGGUUAGGAUUCUGAAAGAUUUUUGCUAACUUGUACCUUGAAUCAAUGAGAUGGAGUACCUUAAAUUAAAUCAAACCAUGCCGUAAACAAAGUGAAUAGGUGUAAAUGUGAGUUAGGCUCUCUCCCCAUGUCUCUUCCAAAAUAGCCAUACCCAGAUCUCGCUCCCAGGCCUGUCUAGUUUUAUCCUAUGACACAGACUUUAAUUUUUGUAAUUACAGAUACCCGUUUCUCCUCAAAUGGAUCUAAUUCCAAAAUUGUACCUAAUGGGCUUUUGGGUGGCAAAUACGGGAAUGUUGGGAACGUUUUCUUUGCACAGCAAGCUAUCUGAAGGUAUCUGAAAAAAAUGGUUACUGGGUAUGUUAUGGUCUGUGUAUAGAGUGCUGAAAAACACCAGACCAUUUCUACGCCAGGACUGAAAAGUAUUGUGUAAAAGAGACACUAAAAAACAGGGGUUGUUUGUGAUGGGUAAAAAGCAGCUGGCCUGUUUCAGACAAGUGUUCAUAGAUGCUUUGAUCACAGAGUUCUUUAACCGCACAUCUUAUAUAUAUGAUAACAAACAGGUGAGUAUUGGCUGUGGGUUAGAUAGAAGUUCCAUCUGUGCCCAGUCACUGAGGAAGCUGUGUGCCAGCAGUGCACUGGGCUUUGGAGUUAGACGGUAUUAUAAAUGUCCUGGAGGGAAGGGAGAGAAGCGCCAGUUAUCCUUUCAUCUGCCCUCACUGUGUGCUGGAGGGUAUUGCGGCAGGAUGUGGUGCAGACUCCAUACCAAUCAGUGAUGCGGCUAGUCAGGAUGCUCUUGAUGGUGCCUCUGUAGAAGGUGCACAUGAUGGGGGCUGCAGCUCUGGCUUUCCAGAGUUUGUGGAGGAAGUAGAGCUGCCUCUAGGGGAUGCACGAGCUGAAAAAUGUAGUUUCCCUCACGACUAUUACCCUCCCAUGCGGCAUGAUCUCUACUGCUUUCCGCCUCACUCCACUCCAUGUCAGAGGGCAAUUUAUACUUCUAACAGCUUCAGUUUUGUAAAUUAUAAUGGAUAAUGCAAAAUAUAUUUUUGACUUUAUAUGUCCCGUUGAAGUAAUUACCAAUGACCUGUCAGUAUUUAAAUCAGCUCCAUCUUUGCUGAUAAAUACUUAAAUGCUUGAUUGAAUGGUUUCAGAGACGUCUACACUGUGUUCCUUAACAUCAAUUCAGACUUUGAUUUACAGAACAUCGCAAUUCUUAAGUGACAAGAGACAGAAAAAGGUGCGAAUCACCUCCCAUCACAGAAGGGGAUUUACAGUGAUGCAACUGUAACACUGAAUCCCGCCUCACAGUUUCCCCGAUUUAUGUCAGUUGAGAAUAUUUGCAAAAAUGAAUGAUAUAAGAGGCCACAGGGUGCACAUAUACAGAAGAAGAUAACUGCCUAUUCGCACCGGACUAGUUUUAUCUGGGGCCUCUAGUAAUUUGUAAGAACGUUGGAAGCAGGGAUGUCACAAUUACAGUUUUCCUUAGUACAAUUAUUGUCAGAGAAUUUAUCACGAUAUUACAAUAAUCACAAUUAUUAUGCGUUGAUUGAUUUCACAACUCAUUCAUAUGUAAAAUCACAUGAACACUCCUUGAAGUUUUUAAAGUUUCCAUUAUUUCUAUCUUUUGAUGCCAAAACAUAAUUAUAUUAAUAAUUAUAUGACCCAAUAUUUGUAUUUGUAUAUUUAAGUAUCUAUAGGACCAAUCAUUCAUCCCCCAGGAGAAUUGUUUAAAUUAUUUAAGCCAUCAAUUGUCAUCUAUACCAGAUGUUAAGUUUAUUUUUAAUCGCUUUAAUCAUUUGUCUAAUUUUAUGUGGCCACAUAUACAACUUAUUAUUUUGGUUAAUUUAUUUAUGUUUAAAUUACAAUGACAUAAACAAAUUAGUAAAACAUGAAACAGACUAGAAACACAAGUGUACAAGCACUGGAUCGAGCUGGAAGCACAAGGCCAACAUUUAUGCACAGAUGGGAGAAAGCAAAAGGAGGUAAUGCUAAGGACCUUGACUACAUGGCGUUUUCUUCUACACUUCACUGCACAGACACUGACACUGAGACUGUCUGACGACAAAAAGAAAAGCGAUCGUCCUCACGCUGCACUGAAAGGCGAACCCGCGUCGUACUCUUACUCAAUUAAUUGCAAAUGACAUGCUAACAUUUAAUUUCCUACUAAUUCAAUGCAACAUUAGAAAAACAUUGACAUAUUUUAAUGUUACUGUAUAUUUACCUUUAUUUUGGCAUACAAAGUUGGGUGGUUGUCUCGCAGGUGGUCAAACAUAUUAGAUGUGUUUCCUCCUCCUUUCCAAUUUUUAUAACAUGAUUUACAUGCUGGCAAGCUGUCCUCAAAAACGACCUGGUCGUUUUUCCUGUAUCCAAAAUAUUCCCACAUGACUGAUUUAACACGCUUGGUCGGGGGGAAUAACUCUUCUGCCAUUUUCCUCACAUGCAUGCCUCUCAUCUGCAACUUGCUGGGACCAAAACAAAGCAACACAGGCAGGCGCGGCAACACGUGGGGUUGCGUAACUUUGUUUUCAUUCUGUUUGAGUUGCCAUUUACAAUGGUUCCGGCAUAAUAUUUUCUGACAGUAUUCAGGAAACAUUGCGAUCAAUUAAUCGUAGCGCUUAAUACCGCGAUUAAUUGUGAAAUCGAGUAAUCAUGACAUCCCCAGUUGGAAGUUGUCUGUCAAUCCCGUGGGAAUUGCCCAUGUCUGUAAUUUGUACAGUAAAACUUACAGCGCAAAUUACCUACCAUAUUUCUGGUAACACAGAUGUCCUGUGAUAAUACUAAUCCAGUCCAAAUGUCUCUGACCCAUUUAACCCAUUUAAAUGGAUGAAAUAAUUAAAUCAAGCAUACCUGUUUAUCUGCAAAUGUGGAACUGAAUUAAAUAUCGUUGGUGACUAGUUUUAUCAAAGGACAUCCGUGUUACCAGAAAUAUGGUAGGUAAUUUGCAGUCUAAGUUUUACUUUACAAAUUACGGACAAGGAUGAUUCCUAUUACAAAAAAAUUCCCUCUGGGAAAUUCUGAAAGGGCCAUGGGGGGCUACUGCCGGGGGUAUCAUCUCUGUCAACAUGGGAAUCAAACCCACGACCAGAGCUAAUCAGACAGACAUACGAUCAUCUUUCACUGAGCACUGAUACUGAGGAACUGGAUAUUCGCCUCACACCAAACCUAGGCAGUCAUGUACCCCAAAGCACUGGCCCCUACAGCUAUGAAAUAGCUGCAGGGGCCAGUGCCUCUGUGCAUUGCCCCAUGGCCCUAAUUACUAGAGGCCCCAGAUAAAACUCCAGAGCAAAUAAUUUUUUUGCAAAUAUCAACUGGCUGAAAUCAAGGAAACUGUCAGGCGGGAGUGUUACAGUUUAAUGUGAGAGCGCAUUGUUGUAAUCAUGAUUAUUUUGUCAUACUAUAUGUGUGUUCUGGUCAUUUGAGCAUGAUUAAACAUGAACAUGAUAAAAAAAACAUGAUAAAAUAAUCCAGUACGAAUCAGCAUCUCUGUGAUGGGAGGGCUUUUGUUUGAUUUGUGUCUUUUUCUGUGUCAUGUCACUAAACCACGAUGUAAAUGAAAGUGUGGUCUGAUGAGCACAGUGUAGACAUCUCUGACCCAUUCACCCGUCUAGAUGGAGGAAAUCAUUAAAUCAAGCAUUUUAGUGUUUAUCAGCAAAUGUGGUGCUGGAUUAAAUACUGACAGGUCGUUGGUAAUUUCUUCCCUGGGAUAAUCUCCAUUGUCUAUUUUUUCCCCAGUCCUUCAAUUAACCACUUUCAAACUAAGUAGUAGGGAGACUUUUAAGGCAUCUUUGUUCCUACAACCCUUAGAUAAUAUCAAUGAAGUAAGAUGUUUACCAUACAGCUUUAAUGGUGACCUAGUUACACCAGCACCCAGUUCGUCCCUCGAGGUCAUCUAGCUUUAGCUGCAAGGUAGCAACCCCCGACUUUAGUCGGUCCACAUCACCCUCCAUCUCCAUUGUCUUAUCCGAACAUAUGUUUAGGCCACCCUCCAAAUCCACUAGCCCAUCUCAUGUUUUGCCAUGUCUGUUUUUGCGUUAAGAUUAUUGGAAAACACGUCAAUAUGUGCCAAUAUCUCAUUUUCGCUGCUAUCAAUAGCUGGCAUCACUUCCGACAGGUCCGAGGAUUCCUCUGUAGAACUGGAGUGAGCAGGCCACUAAAACCUCAGGCGUUUUAGUGGCCUGCUCACUCCUGAGUUUAGCUUUGGGCAUGGUACCUUCUUCACUGUUGUUAUCUGAGUUAGGAGUUAAAAACAGGCUCAGCAGUGUUCCAGUUACAUAUAUUUUUGGUGAGGUGUAAGUUAAAGUGGUCUCAGAAGUUAUAUUUAUUUCAAAAAGCUUGUCCCGGUCAGGAGCUCUCUGAAAACACGUCUUUGCAUGUUAAUGCUCACUAGUGCCCCCAUCCAGUGUUUUUAAACCACAAUCAUUCACCCAUGUAUCAUGCAUUCUGUAGUAUCAUACACUCGUGUUUGUAUCAUGAGCCCCUUUCACAUCGGUCGGAAAACCGGGUUGAGUCAAAUGACCCAACGCAAUCAACCCUGGGAUUUUAUGAGUUCGGCUCGUCUUCCAUGUGAACAGGAAUUCCGUCGACCCGCCAAUUUACACCAUGACGUUGAUGUACCUGCCUGUUCCAAAUGUGUUGUUAUACUAUUGUUAACGGAAACGCGGUGUCUGGAAAUCGCACAGAUCAAGGAAUGCAAGUGCGACUGUGUUUAUAUACAGCUUGUAUAGUGUUAUCCCACACUUUCUUUUAAUCAAUCAUGGCAGCACACUGGCAAGACCUUGGGAUCUGACAUUCGGUAGUGGAUAUCGGGCACUGUGCAGAACACAGUGAUUUAUUCAAAUUGAAAGAGCUGGGUUUGACCCGUCCAUUUUUCAGGUCAUCAACAAACUGAAAGCCAAAACACCAUGCUGUCCAUUGUUUAUCUUGCAGGUUGACCCAGGUCUGAAAAUCCUGCAUCAACCCGGGAUUUUCGAUGUGAAUGGGGUAAUGUUUAUUUGUUGCAAGUAUAUUUGCACGUAUCGAAAUGUAUCUGCUUGUCUGUUCUCUUCCUGUUUACUCUUCCUUUCUGUCCCAUCUCCACCUUCUGUUUCUGUCUCUUUACCCAGCGGUCCUAAUGCACACAGGACCCUAUCAAGUUUUUUUCCUGUUAAAAGGAAGUUUUUGCUUUGUUUUGUUUACCUUUAUCUUAUUUAUUUAUUUUUAGUUAUCCAUUGUUACUGACUACUGUAUAUAAAACUGAAUUGGAUUAAAUUCAGUUCUGCUCUCCCAACCCAAUUAACUUGACUUCAGGAAAUAGUGGAAAGCAGGUGGCAAUGAAGCUAUUAUAUAAAUGAGCUUUUGGUUACCGUAAAUUCACUAUGUUUUCCCUUGUGCUCUCCCACUUGUGACAACAGAUUCAAGGCAAUGGUAUUUAGGAGGUAACAUAAUGUCUACACAAAUGUUCCAGGUUGUCUUUGACAUUUUGCUAUGUUACAUUUUUUUUUUGUUUUGUUUACUAAUAAUGGUGCAGGGAGAUAAAGCAAAGAACAAGUCAAUGGGAUAAUCAUGGCAUUUAACUGUAAACCAUUUCUUGUGGUUCAACCAAACUAUCUACAUACAACAGAUUUGAAAAGUAUAUAUCUGCCUUUUUUCUUUUUUUUUUUUUUACAGUACUCUCAAACUUCAAAUAACAAUAAUGAAACUGAACAGUCACAUUGUCACAACAAAUACUAAGUCAAAUUUUACUUAAACCAGCAACAGCAAGUACUACACAGAGUACUGCAAAGUUCUUCCACACAACAGAUGUUUAGUCACAUUCUUUCAUGUUUAAUUUUGGUUUAUGACAGACAUACAACAGGCAGAAUGAAAUAUGAAUUUUGCAGGUAAUUACAGUCGAUAUUCAAAGUUUACAGCGAUAGUCUCAAAGGUUUAAGUUCUGGUUGAUAUUGCAACUCUUGUAGCUAGCUGUGUUUAAUGCAGUUUAAUCAUACCACAUUCAAGUGUUUGAAUAGCUUUCAGUGACUACCAUUGUUGUAGACUGUUAGUGUGCCUCUAAAUAUGUCUAAACGGGCGUUAGGGCUUGUUACACUGAGUAUCACCAUUGUAGCCUUGCAAUAUUGUUCUCAUAUACUCUCGAGUUAUUUAAAAAAAAAAAAAAAAAAAAAAAGAAUACAGCAAUAAUUUUCAUUUUUCCAACUCCCACGGUGAAAAGAGUUGGUUACCUUGCUGAGAAGAACGAAGUGCACAGCCUGUCACUACAUCAGUCACAACUCAUGCUAAAAAAAAAAACAAAACAAGAAAUGCUGUCAAAGGGUCCUUCUUGUUUUGUAAAUGCAUAUAUAAUUCAUAUCAAAUGACCCAUUGCAUUUACUGUAACUACUACAUAAUAAAAAAACAUGCUUUUAAUGUGAGAUUCCACCAGUAGGAAAUGCUUUGUUUGCAUUAGUAACAGUCUUGGAAACCACCAGUUGAUAUGUUUAUAGAAAUUACAGUUAUAUUAUUUCAAUCAAAAUCAAUUGACACAGAAUUAUUCUUGUAAUUAAAAGUAAACAGUGCUAAGUAGAUAAUUUAAAGAUCCAAUGAGUAGGGGUACCAGCUUGAAGAUAUUUUAAUUACUUCUUUACAUUAGUGUGUACUGCAUAGGGCAGCCACAGAUCCCCCACAGAGCUAACAAAUCAAACACAGGUUUAAAAACAACCUUUUGCAUUUUUAGUGGGAUUGUUGCAAUAUGUAGCCUCACACCUAUUCUAUUAAAUAUUACACCUUCAAAUUUUUCAGUACAUAGAUCAUUAGAUCCAACCACAAAAACAUUGCCAUAAUUCACUGCCCUGAUGAAUAUAGGCACAUUUGCUUUGCUGUUUCUAUUGGACGGAAUUUUAAAUCACUUAACUCUUAUGCCCUCCUCUAAUUUACUACCUUCUGGACACCUUUGUGGCAAAAAUGUACUGCCAUAGAAACUGCUAUAAAGAACCCUCAUACAUCAAUAUAUAUAUACUUCUUUCAUGAAUCACUUAAACAACUUCACUCAAAGUACCAGAAUUUCAAGAGUAUUCAGGUUUUAUACACCACACACACACACACCGACACACUCACACUUGGGGGUCCCUGGCAGUCAUGUGGCUCCAUUAUAAUAAAUGGGAAAUUUACAAGAAUUUCAUGCAUCAACCUACAAUGAGAAAAUGAUUGAAUCUGAUCAAAUACAGUAAAAAUGUCAAAUAUCACUAGUUUUGUUCUAAAUGAAAUGUUAACAUCACAUAAUGCAUGGUUUUAUACUGGAAUGGCAACCAGAUUAAAAAAUGUAGUUAUAAUGGGGAAUUUUUGGCCAUGAAGUUGUCCAGAGAAAGUAUCUGACACUACAUAAAAAAUACUGAUGCAAUCAAAUCAAUUUUAUUGCUAAUCCUUGGCAUAUCUAAGACUAUAAUUACCACCAAAGUCCCAUCAUCCUACUGUUUAUUUUAUGAAAAAUAAUUCAGUUUUUGACGUAUUUUCAGACAGGCAUUUAAAGAGGUAAAAUUCUGAAAAUUAUUGAAAUUUUUGGUAGUUUUGAGCAAGUCUGAAGUUGUUUAAGUGAUUUAUGGAAAAAAGCUGCAAAAAUAUUGAUGUACUGUAUGAGGACUGUUUUUCCCCCUACUGUUUAUUUUGUCUUUUUUUGUAAAAAAAAACAAACAAACAAAAAAACAUUUAAAACUUUGUAUUUACACUGUGGCAUUUAAGGGGUUAACAUUCUGAAAACAUGAAAUUUUGGUUGUUUUGAGCAAGAAGUUGUUUAAUUAGUGAUAUGAGGAUUUUAUGGCAGUUUCUUUAUGCGUGUACAUUUUUGCCACGAAGGAGUCCAGAGGAGAGUAUAAAUAACAUAAGAGUAAAAGACACUGGAUUUAAAAAAAAAUGGCUACAGAGAAGAGGUCAUGUAGAAAUUCAACACAGCCAAAAUGAUCACCAAAUGAAAAAAAAAAAAAGUUGAAAAAAAUUUACAAAAAUGCCCGAGGAGGGCAUAUGGGUUAUGUUGGAUUUAUGUAAUUGCUGGUGGAAGUCAAAAAAUGUUGUGUCCAUGUUAAAGACAGAUGUUUGCAAUGUUGUAUGUGAUCUGCUGUGUACUUUAAAGGACCAUAGCUGUGAUUUAGUACGCUUUAUCUGGUUUUCUGCUAACCAGUCUGUGCACUUUCUCUACUCCAGGCCACGUCUUUUCUGCAGUUAUCUACAAACCUAGGAGUUUGCAUGGCAUGUUCUCUCUGUCUGCAUGGAUGUUCUCCCAGGUUCUCUGGUUUCCUCCCACCUCCAAAGACAUGCUUGUUAGACUGACUGAUAACCCUAAAUUGACCUUAGGUGUGAGUGUGAGUGUGAGUGUCAAUGGUUGUUUGUCUGUGUGUUAUUCCUGUGAUAGGCUGGUGACCUGUCCAGGGUGUACCCCGCCUCUCGCCCAAUCACAGCUGGGACAGGCUCUAGCAACCCCCACGAUCCGAGUGAGGAUUAGUGGUAGUAGAAGAUGAGAUGAUUAUGUUAACCACUGUGUUGCAUUGCUUCUUAACACAACUAUGCAAACAAUAAGACCUACUGCUGUGGUUUUAAAAGCGUUCUUUGUUGAUAGAGGAUUUCACUUUCUCUACAAUUCAGGGCCUCCUUUGUUGUAUUUGUAAUUUCAUGAUGCACCACAUUUCUGAAGCCGUGCUGCAUCAAAUACAUCUAGAAUGAGGUUAGACAUUGACAGAGCCCACUCUCUUUCUUAUACUCCAAAUGCAUCACUCCUUUCUUUUGCCAGGAUGACACAGCAUUUCUGGAUUGUGUUAUACAUUGUUGUUGUGGAAGUGUCCCUACACCUACAGUCAUGUCUUUACAAUAUUGUUGCAGUCUCCUUCUGGGGGCACUGGCAGUCAUUAUUGUCCAUAUAACAUUAGCCUAAUAGCGUAAUUGUCUUUGAAAUCGUUCAAAGAUGACUUAUCUUCAGCUAUUCGACUAAAAAUAUGGAUAUUCCAGUUCUUCACAAUUUUACUUUGAGAAAUGUUCUCAUACACAUCGUCGUUCUUGUUCCUGUUUAUGUGUUAGGAUCUGAUAGUUUGAUUAUACUGAGUAAAAUGAUCCUACUUGAGUAGAUAUUGUAUGAGACUGAAGACUUAACAUCUGAAAAAUUAUUAGAUGUGAGGGUGUGGAGUUUGGAAUGAAGCAGUUUAUCCAGGCCACUGUAAUUUGCUAUCUCUGCUGCAAGCAAUGUAGUUUUUUUUUUUUUUUUUUUUUUUUUGCAAGUGUGGUUAAUGCAGCUGAUGCAAGCGUCAUUACCACUACUAGCUGAAAAUAUUUACAUCCACAAUGAAGCUCAACCCCAGCAGGAAGGAUUUUGUUUGUUUGGUUUUUGUUUUCUAGUAGAAAAAGAAAGGGUUUACAUUCAGACAGCUUAGCAGUGGCUGUCUGCCUAUACAAGAAUCUAUGAAACCCACACCAAAUGAAAAAUCCAUUAUGCACAGAAUAGUCUGUUUGCCAUAUAAAAAACAGAUUUCUUGUUUAUAGCCUGCUUUUUGUAAAAGCUGAUGUUCCAUCCUUAUGUUAUUUGAAACAGACAUCAUAACACAAAGUUCAUUUUCAGCUUCUCUUUCAGUGUUUUCCCCUCUCCCAAAUUCAGUGUAACCUUAAUUUAUUAAUUAGCAACUUGAAUACACAAUACCAAUUAGUAUGAUGUAAUACCAACAUGUACUGAACAUAAAACUAUCUCAGUUUGUUUCAUUUAUAGAAAGGCCUCGCCCCCGACCACAGGCAAGAUAUUGUCUUUUCUAAUACAGGAUUCCCUUCAGACCUACUGUACGUCAAUAUUUUUGGAAACAGUUUGGACUGAAAAUGUAUUUUCCAAAACUUAAAAUUACAUUACCACAUAACAUUCAGUCAUCCGAAUCAUAUACUUAACAACAUACAUUCAGAAAAUUAAACUGAAUAAUUAUCGGGCUGCUCAUAUUCAAAUUUUCAAGUAACCUCUCUAACAGAAUUCGCAAACUUUUUUAUUAAUAUUUAUAUAAAUUUGUUGUCCAUUAAAACAAAUACUUCUUUACACUCACUGCUGAAAGAUGGAAUUAGACUGAAAUAGAUAAAUAAAAGAGCAUACUCCAUUAAGACUCCACAGACACUGCUCACUGCUGGAAAUGUAUGAAAAAUAGGAGGAUACAUAAACAGGCAAGCUUCACUCUGGUUGUAACGCUUCUUCUGUGAUCUUGUUUGCCGUAAAAAGAAUAUAUUUCUAUUUAUGUCCUUGUUUCAACCUAAUCACCCAGGACAUAGUUUGACACUCUGCACUGAUGGUGCUGAAGGUGCUGAAGGUACUGAAGGUUGAAGGUGCUGGCUAACCGGGUGUGUGCCUGUCUGUGCGUGUGUAGGUGUGUAGGUAGGUGUGUACUUGUGCUGAUUUAACACUAUUCAAUGAUGUAUCAACAGUUACUGUGCUUAUACUAGGACUAUGCCAUUGUCCAGCAAGGAGGAUUCAGAUUCUCUUUGGCACCAAAAAGGGGUCAGGCUAAGGCACCAGUUGGGACAUCAGUACUGUAAAGAAAUACAUAAUAAAAUAUAGAGAAAAAAGUAUUUCCUCAUAUGACCCAUUGUUACUCAGUUGCUGUAGGAAACACAUUCCAGACGAUCACUUUCAGUUUGUGUGUAGUCUGAGCUCACAGUGUAAAGGUUCCGAACAUUUUGUUGCCUUAGAUAUUUACAUAAACAAUACAAACAUCAGGGAUAUAAAAAUAUGUGUUUAAUAGAGAGUGUAUGUUAAAUAUAUUAUAGAGGGAAGGAAGAUGGUGUAACCAUAUGAAUUGAAACUGUCUCACCAGAUAGGCAUGGUUACUUUUUACUGUGAGGAAAGUUUUAUCUGCACCAAUCCAGAAGACUUCGGUUGCCUAAACAUAAUUAAAGUUCAAUUAAUCUUUUUGCUUACAGGUGGAAGUGGUAGAAUUCACAUCCAUAGAACACUGAUGAAAAAUCAAUUAUUCCACGAUCACAUCCCUCCACCCUGAAACCCAGCAAACAGCAGCAAUGUAUUGUGUUUCUGUGCCCUUUGAAACUCUCUUGAACAGGUUGCAUUUCUUGUGAGCAUCAUAGCUCUUAGACUGCUCUGUUCACCAACCAAGCUCUGCUGCAGUGGUCAACAUGUAUACCAGUCAAACACAAGAGAGAAAUUGACUUUUGAAGUCCCGUUACCUGUUUAACCAGAUAAAAAUUACUGCUUUAGUUUUAAUGGUCAGGACAAAAUCUAUGCAGCAGCAGCAGUCCCAGAUGGGAACAUCCAGCCUAAGUACAAGCACAGUAACCAGCAGGUGAAUAAUAAUAGGAUUCCAGGCAAAUUUGUAUAACCGUUCUGUACAGGGAAGGACUUUAAAGAGAGUUGGUUGUACUUGGAGAUCAACUCAAAUGCGUAUCUGUAAAUAAAUGUGUGCAAAGUGUACGUUAUAUAUAUAUAUAUAUAUAUA